GACCGAGACCUAGACCCAGACACUGUUUACAAUCCUCACGUCGUAACAGUGGCGGGAAGGAAAACACAAAAAAACACCACAAUAACGAAACGAACGAGGGAAAAACACCGAUUAACACGAAAAACACAAGAAAACGAAGAAAAACACAAAAAAAAUCAACGAAAAAUGGCGGAAAAUCAGGACGGAGAGGAAGGAGAAGAAUGGCUAAAGAGAAAAAAAGAUAAAUUAUUGAAGAUAGCCGGGGAUUACUACGUGGAGGGGAACCUGAGGAGUGUGCGGAGGCUGAGGAAGGCCCUGGAGGAGGAGGUGGAGGAGGAUAGGGCUGGGAGAAGUGUGGAAGAGGAGGAGGAGGAGGAGGAAGAGAGCAACGAAGGAGGAAAAGGAGGAAGAGAGGGUGUUGUAAAUGAAAUUAAGUGUUUAAUCUUAUUUAGUCUGCUCACCAAACCCUUCCACACCUUGUCAUCGGAGGUGGCGGAGGAGGUGGUGUUGUGUGUGUCGCUGGUGCUGCAGUGUUCCAUCGUAGAAGAGUGGGAGAUGUUUGUUGAUCUGCUUACCGCCCUGUGCACCUGCCUCACCCCACACCCCAGCCUACCCCACGUGAGAGAUGGGGAGGAGGAUUUAAAAGGACACAUUUGCGGUGCGCUGUCAGCCCUCACCCGCGCUGCCUCCCCCAGUGUGCGGGUGCAGGCCUGGGGGUACAACUUCCGCGGACGUCUUGGCAACGCUGUGUACGUCUGUUUGUCGAUGGUCAAGAAGGAACGUAGCAAAAGAUUAAGGCUGCAGGCUUUCCAGACCGUGCAAGACCUGGGCUGGCGGAAACAUUGGCCUUCGCUGAGUGAGGUGGAAAAAAAUACUCUUCGGUCAACAUUUCUCAAUUUCCUGCCUGGCAUUGUGCAGUGUGUGACAAGAGUGGCGACCGCUGGCGACGUGCAGGGCAACAGGGUGGUGGCGGCCGCCAUAGACACCCUGGGGUUACUUUGUGAGCCUGGUGAUGGGAGACACGUUCAUAGAGCAAAGACUACCUCACCUGGGGGAAGGCAAGACCCUCGUCAGCCUCAGGGCACACCUGGCCAGGGGGGGCGGGCAGUACCACGCCCUGGAGGAGGAGGAGGAGGAGGAGGAGAAGGGGGAGGAGGAGGAGGAGAGGGAUGAAGAGGGCCCAUCGCUGCCAGAUGUGCGGGUGACACAGCGUUGGGUGGAGGAGACUGGGAGGCGGCUGGCACUGCUGGCGGAGACUCUGGCACCCUUGGCAACGCACUCUCAUUGGAAUGUUCGGCGAGCUAUGGCACUGUGGGCUGUGACGCUCGUUGACUGCUGUGCCAGGUCCCUGCCGGAGUGUGUCAGUGUGGCAUUUGAUGUUCUGUUGACUCUGCGCCGAGAGGAGAUGCAGGAGGUGGCGGUGGUGGUGGACGACGGCCUGGCGCGGGCUCUCGGAGGAGGAGGAGGAGGAGGAGGAGGAGUAGAGAAGAUGGUGAUGAAGAAAAUUUUGUGUAUAAUCUCGCGUCUUCCCUCUUUGCUGAGACAGGAAGACGAUGCUCGGACACUUGCCACCCUCACACAGCUGGACGGAUGCCUGGAGGUCCUGGUGGGGGUGGGGGGCGAGGGGGGUGAAGGGAGAGGGGGUGGCUGGCCUUCUCUCCUCCCCUCAAUCCCCCCGCCUCCUGUACGCUCUCUCUCUCGCUCUCUCUCUCGAUUCCUCGGACACAAGACUCCUGCAGCAGCGACAGAUAUCCUUAGACCCCUUCGAGGCCCUGAACCCCUGCCAGACCCUGCAGAGGCCCUACAAGCACUUCCGCGACCCUAGGAUAGCUGGAAUCCUGCAGGAGAUAUGCUGGAAACUUGGCUGCGGGGGGACUUAACCAGACUGGCUCACCUCUCCUUUGAUCUCCUACACCUUCAUUCCAGCUCCCCUCUCGUCUCCUCGGUGCUGAUCCUGCUGCGCCUACUGCUGGCAGGGGUGGGGCAGAGGCCAGACAAGAACAUCAUUGAAGCAGAACAGGUGGCAAAAUAUAUCCUUGAGGAACUGCUCUCUCCUGACCUUCUUGGCACCCCCUCCCCCCACAGCGGAGGAGGCACAGGCCAGCACCCCCUCCACCCUCCUGGCACCCAUCUCAAGCCCUUGUGGCACUGUGGAGGCCGCCAGAGACAGAGUUUUGAGGGUAACCACAGCACUAGAGUUAAUUGGGGAGUGCUCCUUGCUGUUGUCGUCAAACUUUAAACAGUUUUUCGGCACGAUCCUCUGCCCCGUCAUGGA